GAGUACACUUUCCAGCAGCAGGUCGUCCGUGCCGAGAACGAGCACCGGCGUGCGAGGGCCAUGCUGAGCGACGAGUACUUCGAGAUCCAGAGCGAGCUGGGCCGCGCGAUCCAGGUUCGUUCGGAGGUGGCUGAGAUCGGCGUGCUGCGUCAGCGUGUGGUGGACGAGGCCCAGCAGCACGGUGCGGAAGGCGAAGUACUUCGACGGGCGCGGCAUGUGCUUGAAGUGAGCAUCGCGACUUGGUGGCAGAGGUCGCCGUGCUGCAUAACCAGGUUUGACAACGUGGUGAACAGCACGAAGGUGAUCGUCUUCGUCUCCAGGGUCCACGACGCCGCGCGCUUGGCGGAGGAGCGCCAGCGCCAGGCUGACGAGUGCCGGCGCGAGACUGACGAGUGCCGGCGUCAGGAGCGGCAGGAGUGCGCGUUGGCUGGCGCCGUCCAAGAGGAGAUCCAGGAGAUGGCCGACCGAGAGGUGCUGCUGCGCGCGGAGUUGCGGCGUGCCCAGCAUGAUGUGGGCCAGCUUCGGCGUUGCGUGGCAGAGCUGGCCGAGAGCAGCGCUACCGGCGACGUGUGCGAGGGCGAGAUCGCCGCGCUCAGGGCUAAGUCUGUCAAGGACGAGGAGGCCAUCGAGGCUUUGAAGGAGGACGACGCGGCGCUCGAGGUGGCAUACGACGAGCUCGAGCGCAGCUACUACGAAGACGAGUGGGAGCAAGAGGAUCACCAGGAGGCGGCCGAGGCGGACCAGCAGCCAGCGACGCCGAGAGGCCCAGCGGCUUCGAGCGCGCCUGCUGCCGGCGUAUCGCCGACGCGCCAGGGCGAGGACAGGCCGCCUGGUCUUGGCACAGGGCUGGUGAACUUCGAGCUGGUCGCGCUCCAGGAGAUCGUCAAGGGUGUGGCCACGUCAGUGGCUGGGCGCACGGAGGCCACGGUCGCCAACCAGGGUAACCACGCCGAGCUCCUCAAGAAGCUCCACGACGCGGCUUUGGAUUCCAGGAAGGGGCUGAAGGCCGACAAGCCCAAGCUGUCGGCUUCCUCGGCCGCGGUCUUGCACGACGAGCUGCGCGAGUUUCGCCUCUACAUGAACGACCGCAAGCUCUCGCACAUGGUGCGCUGGUUCACCUGGGCCCGCGCCGUCGCCACGGACCGCGCGAAGACGUGCAUCGAGUCCUACAUCAUCAUUCACUUCGGCAACGACGCGGGAUACCAGCGGGCGGUCGACUCGGGCGACGGCGCUUCCUGG